UUACCAUUGAUUGGCAACCAGUUUGUAGUUCACAUAACUUUAAUAGUUUGUCUUUUCGGUUCAGAUUUCAAUUAAUAAAAUUGAAAGUUUUGGUUCUCUGUGGGUUUGUGUGAUGCCACCUAACCCUAGGUGUGAUGCCUACAAACCCUACUGUGUGAUGCUAGUAGUUUUAUCCCGGUACUUUCUUGAUCCCCUAUCCAUUUUUUUUUUAUCAAAUCCUUACUGUUCCUUGAACAAUCGGAUUCCACUGCCCUUAAAAUCCUUGAAUCUACCGAGAAACCCUUGUUUCACAGUAUCUCCCUUAUUUAUACUUAGAGAAGAAAUUAGUGUUUUCACUUCCUGCAUUUUUUUCCCACACAGAUAACAGAUUCUGCAUCGGUAAUAGUUGCUUAUGGGCAUAUGAUAUGAUAAAGUUUUUUAUUCUCUCUCUGUCUCUGAUCUGGCCAGGAAAAAGCACAAUAUAUAAUUUGUUGGCCACCUACUUCAGGAAGAUGGAUGCUUUUAGAGGAAUGCAAGUUCUCAUAGUGCUCAAUGUGAUGUUUUUCUGUUAGUGAUCAGUACUACGAAGAGACAUGCCUGAAACAAGAAAAGGUAUUUGGUUGGCAAAAUGUGCUGGUAUUGAGCCUUGUACUCAUCUAAUAGAUUUGGAAGUUACAGAUGGGAGAGAACAAGGAGAGGUGGUACCAUGAUAUUGGUUGUGAGCAAGCUGCAAAUAAGCCUAUCCUAAAGACUGUGAUCCAGGUGAUGGUGCGAUUGGUUAGUCCACGUAAACCAACUUUGAUGUUCAUCAUCUGUCAUAAGACAAGGCUAGCCUGGGUCGAGUUUUUGGUAGUGUGGCUGUCCCUUUUGUUUGCAGAAGCCUUUGGAAAAUUGAGAACCGGUUAUCAGAGAAGACAUCAGAAGCCUGAAGCCCGCAAGGAAACUCUGUUAGGUUAGUCGAUCCCUCCUUGGAGGAGAGUGUGAUGCAGCAAGUAUUGACUUGGGUGUUCAUUCACAUGCAACUAGAACAUGAUGCAGCAAACAAUUGUUGAAUUUGGUGCAGCAAAUGUUGAGGAUGAAGAUGGCAGCAAGACUUUGAAGGUUGGAGUAAUUCAAAGUUGGUGCUGCAAAUUUUGAUAGGCAAGAAACAAACCUAUACGCAUAGCUUGGAGGUGGCAGCAAUAUUUGAAAAAUAGAGGUGGCUGCUGCUGCAACUUGAAUAGGUGCUGCACAUGUAUGUUGGCAGCAAUCUUUGAAGAUGGAGGUGGCUGCUGCAAUCUGCAAUAGGAAGGAAGAAAAAGACUUUGCCUUUUCACAUGUAUGAUAGCUGCCUAUAAAUAGGCAGCAUGGUAAGUCAUUUGAAAAAGGCAAGAGCAAACUUGUGUCGAGGCAACUCAGGCAAGUAAGGAGAUCGGUUAAGAGCAACUCUAAGGGUCUUCAUGUAUAGAAGCAAAGUGAGUUGUGUUCAAGAGUGUGUAUAGCUCUUGGGGUAGAGUAAUCUUCUAGGUUUAGAGAGGGUGUACAAGGGGUAUCCAGUUGGAUACAAGGGCUUGGGUUGCGUAUAAACUUGAGUGCUCGAGUUGUGCAUAAAUUUGAGCAGUGUAAUCUUGUACUUGUGUAGAUCUCUUAUUAGUGAAGGUGAAACUCUCCGAGGGCGUAGGCAAGGAUAUUGGCCGAACCUCGUUAAAUCUUGUUGUCUUCUUGGCUUGCUUAUUUCUUCUUUCUAUCUUUACUAAUAGUACUUGCGUGACGGGGAUUAAUUUCCUAACAAACUCCACUACGCAAAUUUAAUGUAAGAUCUCAUUCUUUUCACAGAUAAUUUAAGACAUGUAGAUGUUUUGUGGGGAAGACUAUCCAAGAGUUAAACAUGUGGCAAUGUGUUAUUGAUGAUUACAUGACCAGGUCAAGGUUGUUGCUCUUUCAAGUUAUGAAACAUUUGUCUAUUCUGAGUGUUGCUCAUUUAAGGUCGAGAACCCAUGCUGCACGUUCAAUUCAAGCCACCCCAUUAGGCAUUUCCUUUUCGAGUGAAACAUAUAUGUUUCUUGUUUGAUCAAAAUAGGAGAGGUCUUCUGCUAUAAUGCACAUAAGCUUAAUGUUAGAAAGAAGUUACUGAAUUUACCUCGUUUGCAAGUAUAGUAAUAAAUCUUCUUGCGUCUUUCAUUCA